ACGCUUGUUCCUAGGGAUGUAUUUUGGGGCUGUACCUUAUGCAAGCGUAACAUUUGAGAGCUGUAUAGUUAGAUUAUGUUGUUUUGUAGGACAUUUUAAUGCUUUAGUCUGGGGUAAAUUUUGUAUUUAUCUUCUGGUUAUAGCUAUAAGUCCCUUUUUUAUUGUUAUGGUGUAGCCGUAGCAGGUUGUCUGACUGCUCUUCUAGUCUUAUUUUGACUGCAAUGUUGCUCUACAAUGGUGCGUCUAAGUCUCAAAAUGAUUCUUAAGAAAAAGCUUGGAAGAUAAGCAGACAUUAAAUAUGCGCGUUAGAGCCUUUCCGACAUUAAGCGGGAUGAUUUGGGGAAGGUAUUUAUUAACUGCUGGGCUCCAAAGCUGCAGAUGUAGAGUGAGCUGCCAUGUAAAAAGACGUUACAGCUUUCUUCCAGAUGAUGUCAAAUCAUUGCGGGCUGUGGUCAACCCUGAUAUAUCCAAGAUCCGAAACAUCGGCAUUAUGGCCCACAUUGACGCAGGAAAGACAACAACCACAGAAAGGAUGCUUUAUUACUCCGGCUAUACGAGAGCACUAGGAGAUGUGGACGACGGGGAUACAGUCACAGAUUUUAUGGCUCAAGAGAGGGAGCGUGGCAUCACCAUACAGUCGGCAGCAGUCACGUUUGAUUGGAAAAGUCAUAGAAUAAACCUUAUAGACACCCCAGGACAUGUUGACUUCACUCUCGAGGUAGAGCGGGCACUUCGUGUUCUUGAUGGGGCUGUUGCAGUGUUUGAUGCUUCUGCCGGUGUUGAGGCUCAGACUCUGACCGUGUGGAGACAAGCAGAGAAGCACCAUGUUCCCUGUGUUUGCUUCCUGAAUAAGAUGGAUAAGCCUGCAGCAAACCUAAGUUUCUCCAUUGAGAGCAUAAGACAGAAGUUGAAAGCCAACCCAGUCCUCCUGCAGAUUCCUGUUGGCAGUGGCAAAAACUUCUUAGGUGUGGUUGACUUGUUAACCAACCAGAAGCUGAUAUGGAAGCUACGAUCUAUGGGAGAUGAUGGACGAAUGUUUGAAAGCAAACCUCUUGACCAGUCUGACGAGCCAGAACUCCUGCGGGAGGUCAGUGAGGCCAGGGCAGCUUUAAUUGAGCAGGUUGCUGAUCUGGAUGAUGAGUUUGCUGAACUGUUGCUGACUGAUUUUAGUGACAAUUUUGAUGCUGUUCCCUCCAUCCAACUACAGGAGGCUGUGCGGCGGGUGACUCUGGCCCGUAAAGGCGUCCCAGUACUCUGUGGGAGCUCUUUGAGAAACAAAGGUGUUCAGCCUCUUUUAGAUGCCAUCACCGCCUACCUGCCAGCCCCCAAUGAACGGCACCAUGACCUCGUGCGGUGGUACAAGGACGACUUAUGUGCUCUGGCCUUCAAGGUUCUCCAUGACAAGCAGCGUGGUCCUCUGGUAUUUCUUAGGAUUUACUCUGGUACUCUGAAACCACAGACUGCUGUCCACAACAUCAAUAGGAACAGCGUUGAGAGGAUGAGCAGGCUGCUGGUGCCGUUUGCCGAUCAGCAUGUGGAAAUCCCUUUAAUGACAGCGGGAAACAUCGCUCUAACUGUAGGACUGAAGCAGACAGUCACAGGGGACACCAUCGUUUCAUCUAAGGCUUCAGCAGCAGCUGCAGCCCGCCGAGCCCAAAAUGACAGCAGGGCAGGGAAGAAGUGUGGGGAACAGGCCAGCGUGGUCCUUUCAGGGGUGGAGGUCCCUGACCCCGUCUUCUUCUGCACCAUAGAACCGCCCACUAUGGCCAAACAGGCUGAUCUUGAGAAUGCACUCAACUGCCUCCAGAGAGAAGACCCCAGUCUUAAAGUCAGGGUAGACCCGGACUCUGGCCAGACCAUUUUGUGUGGGAUGGGAGAGCUGCACAUUGACAUCAUCCAUGAUCGAAUCAGAAGAGAGUAUGGCAUUGAGACUCACCUUGGACCACUACAGGUGGCUUACAGGGAGACUAUUCUCCACGAGGCCUCUACUACAGAUACGCUGGACCGUACUGUUGGGGAGAGACGACAUGUUGUGACAGUGGAGCUGGCCGUCAGACCUGUGGACAUCUUCUCUACGGGUGGUUCAUGCAAAUUAGCUUUUACAGAGGAUUAUGAGGGGCAGCUAUCAGCAGAAAUGAAAGAGGCAGUGGAGAAUGGAGUACACAGCUCAUUUCUUCAAGGUCCAUUGCUAGGUUAUCCUUUACUAGGUGUAUCUACACUGAUCCAAAGUGUCAGCAUGGAACAAGGAACGUCUCCUGCCAUGGUGUCCGCCUGUGUGUCCCGCUGCAUGCUUAAGGCCCUGAAGUUAGCAGGAGGUCAGGUCCUGGAGCCAGUGAUGUCACUGGAGGUGACUGUCGGGGAGGAACACCUUAGCACUGUGCUGGGGGACUUAGCACAAAGACGAGGAACCGUCCGAGAUAUCCAGAGUCGUCACGACAACAAGGUGCUGCUAGCAGCUGUGCCCCUGGCUGAGAUGAUGGGCUAUUCCACGAUCUUGCGAACACUGACAUCUGGAAAUGCCACCUUCUCCCUGGAGCUGGACACCUAUGACGUCAUGAACCCCCAGGACCAGAACACCCUCCUUAAAAGAAUUGCUGGUCUGCUGUGAUCUCCUGUUCAACACUGAAACUGUUCAGCAAUGGGACCAAUGGUCUUCUGAGACAGAGGCAUGGCUAGUACCCAAACAGACUUUUCCCAGGACUUACAGUAAAUAUCAGACUUGACUACUGACAAGUAGCCUGAGUAAAAUGCUAUUUAUAGUGUGAAUACCCACUGCAGGAAAGAGGAAAAUAUGAAUAGUGUACCAUGUUUUUAGCUGGAUACAAAAUAAAUUUGCUGCCAAAUAUUUCA